AUGGCAAGUCCAGAUAGAAGUAAGCGGAAGAUACUAAAAGCCAAAAAAACAAUGCCUGCAAGUUGCCGGAAGCAAGUAGAGAUCCUGAAUAAGUCAAAGAAUGCUGAAGCACUGAAAACAGCAACUGGGAAUAAUGUGUCAAGUGGUAAUCAGAAUUCAAGUACUGGUGUCAUAAAUAGCAAAUAUGGACAUUCUGAAAAUGAUGCUUCCUUAUUGGACUCUAACAAAAAUUCAGUAUGCUCAGAGAAAAGUAAAGCAUUUUCUCAGAAUGUAAUGAAACCACUAGAAAUUGUUGAUUCAGAAACAAGAUUGGAAUACAUUGAAGAACAAGUUGUGUGCCCUUACCAAAAGCCAAGCAAAACAAUAGAAUCUUCCAGGAAACUCUUUACACGAGAGGCAAAAGAUUCACAGAACACUUCUGAAAACCAUAUUGAAUGUCAGACAGAUAUAACAAGAUCCUAUUUUGAACGACAUGAAGAAGAUUGUAAUCUGAAAUCCAUUUGUUGUCCAUCUAGUGUAUUGAGUGGUAUGGUUCAAAUGCCAAAAACUACAGUAAACAAUACCUUGGAUGAUAAGAGAAUCAACAAGACAGUUUCUUAUUUAGAAACAAACUCCAAUUCUGAGUCAUGUGAUAAAAGACAAAGUGACAUUUUAAUUUUAAGUUCAGAUACCCGUUUUCUGCCUGUUGAUAAAAUACCUAAGUUGGUGAAUUCAGUCAUUUCCAGUAACUGUGCUACUGACAUUUUGAAAAGUGAAGAAUCCUGUAGAACCUGUCAUUCCAGCAUUUCAAAUUUUGAAAGUAUAGACUCAACACGGCUGUCAGCACUUGACACUGAUAGUAAUAACAGCCAUAAUCAAAAGAAGAGGAUGUUUUCAGAAAACAAAGAAAAUGUUAAGCGCAUGAAAACUUCAGAGCAAAUUAAUGAAAAUAUUUGUGUAGCUCUGGAAAAGCAAACAGCAUUGCUGGAACAGGUCAAACAUUUGAUUCGACAGGAGAUCUAUAGUAUAAAUUACAAAUUAUUUGAUAAUAAGCUGAAAGAAUUGACCGAACGCAUUGGGAAGACACAGUGCAGGAAUAAACAUGAAGCAAUAGCUGAUGAACUCUUCGCAAAAAUAUCAAAACUUCAAAGACGUAUUAAAGCAGGAUUGCACUCUCAGAAGAAUUGCUUGGAACCAAAUGUAUUAACCAGUAAUACAGCCUGUAAGAUUGGGGAAAUUAUGAGUAGUGCUGCUUUGAACAUUCCUUUUUAUGUCUUUUGUAACAAUGAUGAUGUUACGUUGAUUUCUGUGGAAAGUCCUAAUUUGACAACUCCAAUUACAUCAAAUCCAACAGAUACUGGAAAAACUACAUCAGGAAAUUCUAACAAUUCUAAUAAUUCACCUGGUGCUGAAACAGAAGUUACGAAGAAGAAAUUUGAUUCUGUGAUUGAUCUGACAAAAGAAGCCCUAUCAAACUGCAGCACAGAAAGUUCAGCAUCCUCUGUUGAGUCACCUACAAACGCUGCUUUGAUCUCAAAAGAGACAACCCCAGUGGCACAAAAUGCAGCCCAGGUUCUUGAGUCCUUUGAACACUUGCCACCUCUCCCAGAGCCACCACCACUACUACCUGAACUGGUAGACAAAAUCCGAGAUACACUUCCUCCCCAGAAGCCUGAGCUCAAAGUGAAACGGGUGCUGAGACCCAGGGGCAUUGCCCUGACUUGGAACAUCACCAAAAUCAAUCCCAAGUGCGCUCCCGUGGAAAGCUAUCACCUCUUCCUCUGCCAUGAGAACCCUAACAAUAAGUUGAUUUGGAAGAAAAUUGGAGAAAUUAAAGCUUUGCCACUCCCAAUGGCCUGUACUUUAUCUCAAUUUUUAGCUUCCAACAAAUACUAUUUUACUGUCCAAUCAAAAGACAUUUUUGGGCGAUAUGGACCAUUUUGUGACAUAAAAUCUAUCCCUGGGUUUUCUGAAAACCUUACCUAA